AUGCUCCUGACGCGUGCGCUUCUACUGCGCGCAGAACGAGAAGUGCGCGAGAAGAAUCUGGGCAGGAUUACGGUCGACAAUGAGGCCUACCUCUUCUCCGCGGCGCUCUCGGAGUUGCGCACGGAGCUGCAAGUGCGCGCUCGGCACGAUGCCGCGGCGCUGCGCAGCAUCACGACGCUGCUGCAGCGCGAGGUGGAUGGCCUGGGGCAGCGCAUGGGCGAGGAGCUGGGAGGCCUGAAGCAUGAGGCACAAGUAGCGAAAUCGCUGAAAGCUGACCUCACGGUGGAGAUGAACAACCGCAAGAGUGAGAGUCAACAGGAUACCAAUUCGCUGGAGCAGGAGAUUCAGGAUCUGCAGAACCGCUUCACCAUCUCGCUCGGCGACUUGCGCGUCGAGAUUGAAGAGUCGAUUCGCUGGGGCGCCACGCGCAGAGCACUUGGUACGUCUCGCUCUUUUUUGGCCCUCUCUCCUUCUGGGCGGCGGAUCUGGCGGGCGCCGGACAUGUGGUACCAUGCAAAGGGCUUCGGCGCGGGCUGACGCUUGAUCUCCCCCCCCCUCCCCCACUCGCCCGGCUGUUCGCGCACAGGUCUGGCAUUCGGCCUGGCCGCCAUUGCCGUCACGUCGAUCUUUGCCGCCGACUACUUCACGCGCGACGCGCAGGCGCAGGCGGCGCGCGAGGCCGAGGAGGCGGCGGAGCGCGAGCGCGAGGAGAAGGCCAAGCGCCGCACGCUGGUGUCGCGCGAGCAGCUGGGCCUGGAGGAGAGGUA